AAACGACAAAGGCCACGGGGUGUGCUCAUUGGACGUCAACGCUUUUUUGCAACAGUCCCGUCAAAACAAAAAUUCGGCGCCGCUGUCGUGGUUCUCGGUUCCAGGUUGUUCAAUCUGCCAUUCCAUCAUCACCAGCCUUCAAUUCGUGUUGUACUUUGACCUGUACUAUUCCCAAGCCUAGAGGACUCGGUCUAAUAGAACGCGGAAAAUGUUUCGACCCCUCCUACCCCGCCAUUGCUCUCUUCCAUCUCGGCCUUCCUCCCUCCUUCGUAAUCUUCCGUCCAAACCGUUCAAUUCGUCUUGUUCUCCGUUCCUCCAAUCUCCCAUCGGAAUCACCGUUCGGACCUUCUCUGCAUCUUCCGCCGCCAUGUCCAAGGUCUUCUUCGAGCUCGAGUGGCAGGGUCCUGUUCUCGAUGAGAACUUCAAGGACACAGGAGUGGUGAAGGAUCAGAAGGGCCGGAUCAACUUCAGACUCUUCGACGACGUUGUUCCCAAGACCACCCAGAACUUCAGGGAGCUGUGCACCGGCCAAAAUGGCUUCGGCUACAAGGGCUCCAAGUUCCACCGCAUCAUUCCCGAGUUCAUGCUCCAGGGCGGUGACUUCACUCGUGGCAAUGGCACCGGUGGCAAGUCCAUCUACGGCGAGCGGUUCGCCGACGAGAACUUCAAGCUGAGGCACGACCGCCCUGGCCUCCUCUCCAUGGCCAAUGCCGGCCCUAACACCAACGGCUCCCAGUUCUUCAUCACCACCGUCGUCACUUCGUGGCUGGACGGCCGUCACGUCGUGUUCGGCGAGGUUGCCGACCAGGAGUCCUGGAAGGUCGUCAAGGCCAUCGAGGCCACCGGCAGCAGGAGCGGUGCCAUCAGGGAUGAUCUCACGAAGAAGCCGACCAUCGUUGACUGCGGCAUCGCGCAGGAGUAGAUGCCGUUCCGGGGCGGCUGGGCGCCAAAAGAAUUGGCUGCGAUCACUUUCUGUGGCAUAUCUUCAUUGGGUUCCAAAGAUUGGGCCGUUCGAACGUCCAUGAAAUUGAGAACAGCACCGCGUUCCUGUGCUUAACUUUUUCAUUCCUCCUUUCGUCUCGAAAACAGCCAAGUGAUUUGUCGGGACCACAUCGCGAAUAAGCUCUAGCCACACAGGCGGCACGGAGUG